AUGCCGUUUGGUCUUUGUAAUGCACCUGCCACUUUCCAGAGGUGCAUGAUGGCUAUUUUUACUAAUAUGGUGAAAACAUUUGUGGAAGUCUUUAUGGAUGAUUUUUCAUUCUUUGGGUCUUCUUAUGAUGAUUGUUUGAAGAAUUUGGGCAAGGUGUUGGCCCGUUGUGAAGAAAUAAAUCUAGUGUUGAAUUGGGAAAAGUGCCAUUUUAUGGUGCAAGAAGGCAUUGUAUUAGGUCAUAGAGUGUCAAAGAGCGGCAUUGAAGUUGAUAUGGCGAAGGAUGUAACUUUCAAUUUUGAUGAAGCCUGCCUUAAGGCAUUUGAAGAGCUCAAAAAGCAGUUGGUGGCUGCCCUUAUUAUUGCAACACCGGAUUGGUCCUUACGAUUUGAACUUAUGUGUGAUGCAAGAAUUUUAUGUAGAAAUACAAGAUCAAAGGGCACAGAGAACCAAGUAGCGGAUCAUCUAUCAAGGCUAGAAAAUCAUGACCACGUGGAAGAGGGUGGACAAAUUAAAGAGGCAUUUUCUGAUGAGCAACUUUUUGCUAUCACCCAAGACCCUCCCCUAUGGAGAUGCAUUCCAGAAAAGGAGGUGGAAUUAGUGUUGUAUGAUUGUCACGCCUCACCUUAUGGGGGCCAUCAUGAAGGUGAUAAGACAGCUGCAAAGAGGCAUGAGAUGCCUUUGAAUAAUAUCCUGGAGGUCGAGAUUUUUGAUGUGUGGGGGAUAGAUUUUAUGGGACCAUUCCCAUUAUCCAGAGGAAACAAAUAUAUCUUGCUAGAAGUUGACUACAUGUCAAAAUGGGUAGAGGCGAUCGUAUCACCAACAAAUGAUGCCAUGGUGGUAGCUGCGUUUGUCAAGAAGAACAUAUUCUCGAGGUUUGAGACUCCACGUGCCUUGAUUAGUGAUGAAGGGACACAUUUUUACAAUCGGUCGUUGAAUAACCUUCUAGCAAAAUAUGGGGUCUGCCAUAGAGUUGCCACGACAUAUCAUCCGCAGACAAUUGGACAAGUUGAGGUGUCCAACAGAGAAAUAAAGCAAAUAUUAGAGAAAAGAAUGAGUGUGAAUAGGAAGGAUUUGGCUGCAAAGUUAGAUAAUGCCUUGUGGGCAUAUAGAACUGCAUACAAAACACCAAUUGGGGUGUCGCCGUAUAAGCUUGUUUAUGGGAAGGCAUGUCACUUGCCUGUUGAACUUGAAUACAAAGCGUACUGGGCCGUUAAAAAGUUGAAUAUGGACCCUGAAGCCGCAGGCGAGAAGAGAAUCUUGUAUUUGAAUGAGUUAGAUGAGUUCAGGCUGCACUCUUAUGAAAAUGCUAAGCUGUACAAAGAGAAAACGAAAUGA